AUGCUCCACAAUGCUUUCUGUUCGGAAAGGGAUGUGUGGGCUGAGAUUAAGGCAGUUCGGACGGACUUCUCCACGAUGGCCUCUGCAGUUUCGCAGGCCUACGGGCAAGAUUUCUUCAGCUACGUCCAGAAACACUGGCAGAACCUCGAGGUCCGACGCAAGUACAAACUCAACACUCCUGAGGGCUACACCUUGUACGAUUCCUCACUCAAGGAGCCUUGGAACGCGUCACUGGUCCUUGCCGCGCUGGACAAGCAGUUGCGAACGAUGGGCACGCCCUCUUUCACUUCUGAAAUUGAUGAGCUCUACACACGACCUUUGGUUGACAUCGUCGUGGAGGAGUUUAUCUCGAAUCUCCCGGGACCUACCGUCGAGGAAGUGGACGAGCCCAUGGAACAAGCUGGCGGCUCUGAUGCUGCACCAGCGGACUCUCCCUCUGGAGAGAUGGCUGGUGAGGCAAAACAGGUCGAGGAGCCUGAACGUACAACGUUCCCGCCUACGGCAGCUCCCGAUGAUGUGCGCAUGGAUGAAGCCAGCGAGUCAGGCGACCACGCUACGGGAAGCUCUCCCUCUGGAGAGGUACCCAUGCCUGAUAUGAACUUCUCCGCCGAUGCCCCCAACCACCAUGACAACCUUUACGAGCAGGGCAUCUGGGGGAAGACAAAAACACGCGUGGAGCCUGGGGCUUAUGAGGCAGAGGCCAAGGCCACAGCCGAAGCGGAGGAAAAGAAUGAGAAAGCUUUUGAGCAGUUUGCGGGUGAAAAGGAGAAGGAAGGUCUGGCCGACACCAUCGACUUCAUGAACUUCCACGAGGCCUAUCACCUGACGGAACGAAUGAGCCCUCUCAUGAAACUUUCCACCCAAGUCUACGGCUAUGGCAAGGUUGGUCUCUACCAUGACGACAUCCGCCUCGACAAAAUCAACUCCUUCAAGGUGCAGCACAUGUAUUUCCGUCAGAAG